AAAUAGUGGUGGGAAUUGUUGCUAUCUGAUAACAGCUCUUCAGCUAGUCGACAUGUACUUUGAUAAGUGCGUUUCACUAGAAUAUGUGCACAACGCCUAAGGCCCCUGGGUAGUAGCUUUCUCAGUGGAACUUGAGUGUGACCGAAGUUGAAAGUGAUGACCGGUGAACUUUGAUACGUGCAAAAUGGGAAGUGAUAAAUACAUUGCGUCCCUUGAUGUUGGGACAACAACGAUUCGUUGUUUUAUAUUCGAUACAGAUUUGAAGAUCAGAGGAGCCGCUACUGAAAGGGUUCACUUGCUCAACCCGCAGCCAGGAUACUUCGAAAUAGAUCCCACUGAUCUCUGGGAAUCAAUAGUAGUUGCAAUAACUAAUGCCAUAAGAGAAGCUAGACUUACGGCCGCAGAUAUUACGUGCCUCGGAAUUUCAACUCAGCGCUGUUCAUUCAUAACAUGGGACAAAGAUACCGAAGAAUAUUUCCAUAAUUUUAUAACAUGGAAGGACUUGCGUGCCGAUUCCCUUGUGAAGCAAUGGAAUUCGAGCAUUCGGCUCAGACUAUUGAAUAGUGCGGCGUACGUCUUGUACCUUAUCACAAGAAGUAAACGAUUUUUAGCGGGCGCCCUUUUAAAGUUGAUGAAUGGUCAGAUUACCUUGCGGUUACUGUGGCAAAUGAAAAACAAUGAGAAACUGAAAAGUGCAAUAGAACGCAAAACGGCUCUUUGUGGAACUUUAGACUCAUGGCUUCUGUACAAACUCAGAAAGGUCCGGGGUUCGAAGGAAGCGGUAGAACAUAUAAGCGAUAUUACAUCGUGCACGGCGACGGGAUUGUAUGAUCCAUUUACACUGGGCUGGGCAGGAUGGGCGCUGAAUAUGUUUUCUAUAAAUCCAGAAAUUUUGCCGCGAGUAGUAGAAAGUAAUUACAACUUUGGUUAUGUGCACGAAUCAAUCUUUGGAGCACGAAUUAGGAUAACUUGCUCGAUGAGUGAUCAGUCUUGCUCUCUAUGGGGAUCGAAUUGCUUCGCUGAUGGCGAUAUAAAAAUGACACUUGGCACAGGAUCCUUUAUGAAUGUGUACACAAAUAAAUAUUGUCAUGCUUCGGUGCAUGGGCUUUAUCCUUUAGUAGCGUGGCAGUUUAGACGAAAUGGAGUGAAUGAUACAGUUUUUUGUAUUGAGGGGUCGGUGAAUGACACCGGUUCGAUGAUAAAUUGGGCAAUCAAUUUUGGACUUUUUGAUGACCCGGCAAGAUCAUCCAGUAUUGCUGAAUCCGUUCCCGAUUCAGACGGUGUCUACUUUAUACCUGCUUUCAGUGGACUUGGACCUCCAAUAAACGAUAUACAGGCUGGUACUGGGUUUAUCGGACUGCGAUCAUCUACGAGACAACCACAUCUAGUUCGGGCUCUACUCGAAAGCAUCGCCUUUCGCAUAGCUCAAUUGUUCUACUGUACAUCAUCGGAAACUAAUUACAAAUUCUCUCGCAUCAAAGUCGAUGGUGGAGUAUCUAAAAACGACUUUCUAUGUCAAACUCUAGCGGAUAUUACAGGAGUAAGAGUGGAACGCAGCAAAUUUUCAGAAUCAAGUGCCUUGGGAGCUGCAUUCGUUGCAGGCUUGAAUGCAAAUAUUUGGCCAUCACAAACGCAUCUAGAAAAAUUCUAUAGUAUCGAUAAAGUGUUUUUGCCAAGAGAAGAAAUGAAAUGUAAAUAUAUGCAGCUUAUUGGAGAAUGGGAGCAGGCUGUGGAACGUUUUAAAAAGUGGUAUGUUGGUGCUAAAUAAUGGAUUUUUACUUUGUAUUAUAAUUUGUUUCCAACUUUUCUGAAGCGUCUUAAGAAAAAUCUUUUAUAUAUUGUUCGCAAUGAUGCCU